CAAAGGCUAGCCGCCGUUGUUUCCGAGAAGCAGUCGGGAUGUUUGGCCUUUGUGUGGUCUAACAAUGGCGUGUUCCCCCAUAGGUGAGGAGUAUUUGUGGUGGUCGCACGGAGAAAGAAGUUGCCAACCACAGACGCCCACCAAGAUGCUGUAUACAGAAGUGGCAGCCAUUCUCCAGAAACUGGAGAACAAAGAAGGAACCGUCAAGUCCCUGGUGUACAACAGCCAGCACAAGAACAAGAGGCAGCUCUACGCGCUUCUAUGUGAGACCCUGAAGUACGGCUCCAUCAUUGACGACAUCAUCACGUCCACACAACUGCUCAAGAGAGAAAAGUUUCUCAAGAAACACAUGGCACAGGUUCUUGUGUAUGAACAACUGUUUGGAAAAGGACUCCAGGUCGGAGGGAAGUACCGGGAGGCCAUGAACAGGAACAAGACUGCCCUGCAUGCCGCCCUGGUCAGGUUAAAGGUCAGGUCAAAGGUCAGCAAGAAUGAAGACCUCCUACCUGAUACUGUGAGGUCUCAAGUUUCCCUUCCACGUUAUGUGAGAGUCAACACACUGAAGAUUACUGUAGAGGAUGCCAUCAAGAGGUUAAAACAAGCUGGCUUUUCAUUGGUGGAAGAACCAAGUGUGGAAGCCCUGGAGUCAGGACAGUUUGUACAGGACCCCCACAUCCCCGCCCUGCUAGUGUUCCCCCCGGGGACUGGUUUCCAUGACAACCAGCUGUACAAGUCAGGAGAGAUCAUCCUCCAGGACAAGGCCAGCUGUAUCCCUGCCCAUGUCCUGGCCCCGCCCCCUGGAGCACUCGUGAUUGACGCCUGCGCUGCCCCUGGCAACAAGACAAGUCACAUGGCCAGCCUCAUGCAAAACAAGGGGAAGAUAUUUACGUUUGACAUUGACCCCAAGAGACUGGCGACCAUGAGGUCGUUGACCCAGCGUGCGGGCGUGUCCUGUGCCCAGCUGGUCCAUGGGAGUUUCCUGGACUGUGAUCCGGAGGAUCCCCGGUACUCAGGGGUGGAGUACAUCCUGCUGGAUCCCUCCUGUAGCGGAUCUGGGAUCACAAGCAGGCUGGAUCACCUAACCGACGAGGAAGGUUCCAUUACUACGGAGAGACUGGAGUCCCUGGCGCAGUUCCAGCUGUCUGCCCUGAAGCACGCGCUGUCGUUCCCGGCGGUGAGGAGGGUGGCGUACUCCACGUGUUCCGUACACCAGCAGGAGAACGAGGAUGUCAUACAGGCAGCGCUACAGGAAUACGAGGGAAAGUACCGUCUCCAGCACAUCUUACCAACAUGGGACCACCGAGGGAUGGACACCUUUCCACAGGCCUGCAGGUGUGUCAGGGCUUCACCUGAACAGGACAUGACUAAUGGAUUCUUUGUCGCCUUGUUUGAAAAGUACAACGAAAACGUUGAUGUAAAAGAACCCACUGCAUUAGGAAACGCAAAACUUGGAGAAAAUGCAGAGUUUGUUAAAAAGAAAAGGAGGAGGAAGAGAAAGAAAAAUGCUUCAAUUGAGACAAGGACAGAAGACAAUGAGACAAAUGAGGCUCUAGGACCUAAUGGCAAAGAAAAAUUUGUAAAUAAUGUGCCUCAGAAUGUUCAGACAGAAAGUACACCAAAGCCAAAAAAGAGAAGAAAAAAGAGGAAACAAGAAUGAUGGAGAAAAAAAGCAAUCACCCAAGGAAUGAUGUAAUAGAAAAUGUAAAAAAUAAAUUUUAUUCAUGUAGAAAAAUGCUUCAGAACCAAAUAAGAAUGAAGAUGUUUUAAUUGAAUUUAAGUUACCAGAAGUUCUCAGUCAAAAAGUGGUAGAGCAUACAAAGACUUGUAAAGGAAGCAAAAAGAGAGAUGCUGACUCAGAAAAAUAAACUUGAACUGAUGUUCCAUUAUACAUCAAUUUAUUGCCAUCAUAGUUUCCGUCCUGGUAAGUCUAACCUACACCUCCACCAAAUAUCAUUCAAGAUAUAAAACCACUAAAUUUGGUUCCUAAAAAUCUCAUCAUGCAUUGAUUGUUUUAUACAGGCAAAUUGUACAUUGCAUAGAGUCCCAACAAUAAAAUGGCACGAUAUGGAAAAUCCUACUGUAAGAUUCCCAUAUCUGCCCAUAGUUUAUCUUUUGCAUAGAUAAAAACAUUUCCUGAAAUGGAUAAGGCAAAGCAAGCAACACACAAACUUAUACAACAGCUAACCCCUUGAAUGGGGCUUCCAUUUAAAACUAUAUUAGGCAAAAUGACUGGCUUUACUAUGGAGGCAUCACCAAAAACAAGUUCAACUUGAUUCUAUGGUUUCAGUGUACAUGUGCAUAAAACUCACUCUCCAAGUGCCAUAAAACAUUUUCUGUGCGUAUAUCUCAUGCAUAGUUAACAAUAUAUAGGUAAAUGCGUGAUUGUACUUUGAUAUAUGGAAUAUGUACAGCUAAAAGCAAAACAUUACAACGCAAGACAAAUUUCUACAAAAGAUAUCUACAUUGUAUAAUCAACUCCCAAAAACACAGCGAUAUUCCCUGAAAUGCCUUGGUACAUCUUGAUUUGCAUAGAUACCUCAAAGAAAAAUCAUUGCUUAGCAAUUAGAUACCUUAAAAAAAUGUUCAUAUAAACUUGGUAUAAAAGACCAUUCCAAAAGCUAAACUGUACAAUAUAAACGUCUUAGCUUGCAGAGCUUUGUGUAAAUGGCAAUUUACUACAUGUCCCAGUAUUUCUUAUUGCUUUGGGAAUGUAACUUCAUGUAUA